CUUUGGCCUAAUGGAGGUCCCAAGGAGGGAAGACUCGGUUGUUCUGGAGCCCAGGAAGCUAAAGGGCUGAGAGGGAGAGGCAGAGCGAGUUUCCCCGACCCUUUCCCAUCCCAGACUUGGGGGCCUCUGGACCGCCACGGCUCCCCCCGGGAGAAGAAAGGGCCGUGGGAAAGUAGUCUGUGUUUCUCUCCCGGGAGCUGGGGCCUGCGGUGUUUAUUUAGAUCGAGCAUCCGAGGGGCUGUCGUCGCGCUCCUCGGCCUCGCGGGUAGCUUGUUUGCCCGGCCUGCUGGGAGCGAUCUGGCGCUGACAGCCCAGCUCUGACUCCGUGAACCGCUUUUGAGUUUCGGAAGAAAACCCAAGUUCAUAUUUGCCAACCAAGAAAACUUGAAAAUGAGUAGCCGGCGGAAACGUGCUCUUCCAGUGAGAGUCGAUGAGGAAAAGCAACAGCAGCUUCAUUGGAAUAUGCAUGAAGACAGAAGGAAUGAACCUCUCACCCUAACUGAUGAUGAGCACCCCUCCGUGGGUUCAGAUUUCUCUUCUGCUCACCGUAUCAUCCUAGAUGAUAGUCUAAAGGAAGAAGUGGCUCACAAAGAAAAGAAGAGGUGUUCCGAGGCAGUGAGCAUCUCAAAAUCAAUCGAUAAAGAAGAGACUGGUGGCAUUUUUUCUCCUUUCUCUGUAAAGCUGAAUAUCGUGAUUUCUCCCUAUCACUUUGAUAAUUCUUGGAAGGCAUUUCUGGGCGAAUUAACCCUUCAGCUUCUUCCCGAACAGAGUUUAAUUGAAUAUUUUUCUGAAAGGAGUUUUACAUUGAUGAGUUCAGAGUCAAGCAGUCAUUUCCUGAUCUAUGUUAAUUCAGAAUGUGAAGAUGUAGAGAAGCAAGAAAAAGGACUCAAUAAGCCAAUUAGUAUUUGUGACAAGGGUAUUCGAGUGGAAUCAUCUUUCAGUGGUGAAAUGUUAGAAGAUUUGGGGUGGCUACAAAAGAAGAGAAGAAUAAAACUUUACCAAAAACCAGAAGGAAAUCACAUGAUCAAGGUUGGAAUUUAUCUUUUGGAAGGUGGCCUAGCAAAACUAGACUUUUUGAGUGAUGCAAAUUCAAGAAUGAAGAAGUUCAAUCAACUCAUGAAAAGAGUGAUGGAAAAGUUAUACAAUUUCGUUAUUCCAGAUGUGUUGGAAGAGGAUGAGGAAGAUUCAGAGAGUGAGCCAGAGGGACAGGACAUUGAUGAGCUCUAUCAGUUUGUGAAGCAAACACAUCAUCAAGAAACACAGUCCAUCCAAGUGGAUGUCCAGCAUCCUGCAUUGAUUCCUGUGUUGAGACCGUACCAGAGAGAGGCUGUCAAUUGGAUGCUACAACAAGAGCAUUUCAGAAGCACUCCUACUAGUGAAAAUACCCUGCACUUCUUAUGGCGUGAAAUUGUUACAUCUGAGGGUUUGAAACUCUACUACAAUCCGUAUACAGGCUGCAUCAUCCGUGAUUACCCAAAUGCUGGGCCACAGUUGCUUGGUGGAAUCUUAGCAGAUGAGAUGGGUCUCGGAAAGACAGUGGAGGUUUUGGCUCUGAUUCUGACACAUACUCGGCAAGAUGUCAAACAAGAUGCUCUCACUCUUCCUGAGGGAAAAGUGGUGAAUUAUUUCAUUCCAUCACAUUAUUCUGGAGGAAAAGUAAAAAACACAGAAACCCAGAAUAUGGAAUUUGAACCAAAAGAAAAAGUUCAGUGCCCCCCUACACGUGUGAUGAUCCUGACAGCUGUGAAAGAAAUGAAUGGAAAAAAAGGAGUGUCCAUCCUUUCCAUCUAUAAGUAUGUCAGUUCUAUAUAUAGAUAUGAUGUUCAGCGGAACAGGAGUCUUCUGAAACGGAUGCUGAAAUGUUUAAUUUUUGAAGGUCUUGUGAAACAGAUCAAAGGCCAUGGUUUUUCUGGAACUUUUACAUUGGGGAAGAAUUACAAGGAAGAGGAUAUAUAUGAUAAAACAAAAAAGCAGGCAGUAGGGAGUCCAAGGAAAAUUCAGAAAGAAUCCAGAAAAUCAGGGAGCAAAGACACAGAUUCUGAAUACUUGCCAUCAAACACAUCUGAUGAUGAUGAUGAUGAUCCUUACUAUUAUUACUAUAAGGCUCGGAAAAAUCGAAGUAAAUUCAGGAAAAAGCCUGUUCCAUCCACAAAAAAGGGAAAAGGUCAGCCUAACAUCAAUCUCAAUUCACAAGAUCACUGUCCAGCUACCAGUGACUCUGGAAUUACUGAUGUUACCACAUCUAAAAGUACAUGUGUCUUUGAAGGAAAGCAAAAACAUGCAGCAGAGGACCAAGCUGAAUCUCUAAACUCUGCUGAUGGUGAUGUGCCACAGUCUACUGUCAUGAGUCCCUGUAAUUCCUCUGAUUAUCGCUUUGAGUGCAUUUGUGGUGAACUUGACCAGGUAGACCGUAAACCUCGUGUUCAGUGCCUGAAAUGCCACCUGUGGCAACAUGCAAAAUGUGUGAAUUAUGAAGAGAAGAAUCUGAAGAUUAAACCUUUUUACUGCCCCCACUGCCUUGUUGCGAUGGAGCCGGUAUCAACCAGAGCAACUCUGAUCAUCUCGCCCAGUUCCAUCUGUCAUCAGUGGGUGGAUGAAAUCAACAGGCAUGUGAGGUCAUCAUCUCUUCGAGUCCUGGUAUACCAAGGAGUGAAGAAAGAUGGUUUUUUACAACCUCAUUUUUUGGCAGAACAGGAUAUAGUUAUCAUUACUUACGAUGUCCUUCGUUCAGAACUAAACUAUGUAGAUAUCCCACAUAGCAAUAGUGAGGAUGGGCGUCGCUUACGGAACCAGAAGCGCUAUAUGGCCAUUCCCAGCCCCCUAGUAGCUGUGGAGUGGUGGAGGAUCUGCCUUGAUGAAGCCCAGAUGGUUGAAUGUCCUGCUGUAAAAGCUGCAGAAAUGGCUCAGCGCUUGAGUGGGAUUAAUCGCUGGUGCAUCAGUGGUACUCCAGUGCAGAGAGGAUUGGAGGAUCUUUUUGGGUUGGUGGUCUUUCUUGGUAUUGAACCUUACUGUGUCAAACACUGGUGGGUUCGACUUCUUUAUCGCCCUUACUGCAAGAAGAAUCCUCAGCUCCUCUACAGCUUUAUUGCCAAGAUACUAUGGAGGUCUGCAAAGAAAGAUGUGAUUGACCAAAUCCAGAUACCCCCUCAGACAGAAGAAAUCCACUGGCUUCACUUUUCUCCAGUGGAAAGACAUUUCUAUCACCGUCAGCAUGAAGUGUGCUGCCAGGAUGCUGUAGUAAAACUCAGGAAGAUUUCUGACUGGGCGCUGAAGCUCAGCAGCCUGGACAGAAGGACUGUUACCUCCAUCCUGUAUCCAUUGCUGAGGCUCAGGCAGGCCUGCUGCCACCCACAGGCUGUUCGUGGGGAAUUCUUGCCACUCCAGAAAAGCACUAUGACAAUGGAAGAGCUGCUGACAUCUCUGCAGAAGAAAUGUGGAACUGAAUGUGAAGAAGCACAUCGGCAACUAGUUUGUGCUCUCAAUGGCUUAGCAGGCAUCCACAUCAUUAAAGGUGAGUAUGCCUUGGCAGCAGAGCUCUACAGGGAAGUGUUGCGUUCAUCUGAGGAACACAAAGGGAAACUCAAAACGGAUUCACUCCAAAGACUUCAUGCUACCCAUAACUUGAUGGAAUUGUUGGUAGCCAAGCACCCAGGAAUACCUCCUACCUUACGAGAUGGCAGACUUGAGGAAGAGGCCAAACAACUGCGAGAGCAUUAUAUGAGCAAGUGUAACACAGAAGUUGCUGAAGCACAGCAAGCUCUGCAGCCUGUGCAGCAGACCAUUCGGGAGCUCCAGAGAAAGAUUUAUUCUAAUUCUCCUUGGUGGCUGAAUGUGAUCCACAGAGCAAUAGAAUUUGCUAUUGAUGAGGAACUUGUUCAGCGAGUGCGAAAUGAAAUAACGAGCAACUACAAGCAACAAAUUGGCAAGUUUUCUAUGUCAGAAAAGUUCCAUGACUGCAGAGGUCUUCAGUUCUUACUUACUACCCAAAUGGAAGAGCUAAAUAAAUUCCAGAAGCUAGUAAGAGAAGCUGUAAAAAACCUGGAGGGACCUCCAUCUCGUAAUGUUAUUGAAUCGGCAACAAUCUGCCACCUCCGACCAACCAGACUUCCUCUCAACUGCUGUGUCUUUUGUAAGGCUGAUGAAUUGUUCACAGAGUAUGAAUCAAAGCUGUUUUCCCACACAGUCAAAGGCCAGACUGCAAUAUUUGAGGAGAUGAUAGAAGAUGAAGAAGGACUGGUGGAUGAUCGAAUACCGACCACUAGCCGGGGUCUGUGGGCAGUAAGUGAGACAGAGCGAUCUAUGAAAGCAUUGCUAUCAUUUGCAAAGUCACACAGAUUUGAUGUUGAAUUCAUUGAUGAAGGAAGUACUUCAAUGGACCUUUUUGAAGCAUGGAAAAAGGAAUAUAAGUUGCUUCAUGAGUAUUGGAUGGCUCUGAGGAAUCGUGUGUCUGCUAUUGAUGAACUUGCAAUGGCUACAGAACGACUAAGAGUGCGUCAUCCUAAGGAGCCAAAACCCAGUCCACCUGUUCUUCAUAUCAUUGAACCACAUGAGGUAGAACAAAAUCGCAUAAAACUACUAAAUGAUAAAGCUGUUGCUACUUCACAGCUUCAGAAAAAACUUGGGCAACUUCUUUACCUAACUAACUUGGAGAAGUCUCAAGAUAAAACAUCAGGAGGUAUUAAUCCAGAACCUUGUCCAAUCUGUGCUCGGCAGCUGGGAAAACAGUGGGCAGUACUGACCUGUGGACACUGUUUCUGUAAUGAGUGCAUUUCAAUUAUUAUCGAGCAGUACAGUGUGGGGUCUCAUAGAAGCUCCAUUAAGUGUGCCAUCUGCCGCCAGACCACAUCUCACAAAGAGAUCUCGUAUGUCUUCACCUCAGAGAAAGCCAGCCAGGAAGAAGACAUCCCUGUGAAGGGCAGCCAUUCUACAAAAGUGGAAGCUGUGGUCAGAACUCUGAUGAGAAUCCAGCUUAGAGACCCAGGCGCUAAAGCACUCGUCUUCUCAACGUGGCAAGAUGUAUUAGAUAUUAUUUCAAAAGCCCUCACUGACAACAACAUGGAAUUUGCUCAGAUCAGUCGUGUUAAGACAUUUCAGGAGAACCUUUCAGCAUUUAAACAUGAUCCUCAAAUCAAUAUUUUGCUGCUGCCCCUGCACACAGGUUCUAAUGGAUUAACUAUCAUUGAAGCAACUCAUGUUCUCUUGGUGGAGCCCAUAUUGAACCCCGCCCAUGAGCUUCAAGCCAUUGGGAGGGUGCACCGAAUUGGACAAACAAAACCUACUAUUGUACACAGAUUCUUAAUUAAGGCAACAAUAGAAGAAAGAAUGCAAGCAAUGCUGAAAACUGCUGAGAAGAGUCACACGAACUCAUCGGUGAAGCAUCCAGAGGCCUCCGUCUUAACCUUGGCUGAUCUGGCAGACCUGUUUACCAAAGAAACUGAAGAACUUGAAUGAAUUACACUUGGUUCAAUCCAGACUUUAAUGUAUUUAAAUUUUUCAUAGCUUAUAGAGCAAAGUUAUAAGUAAAAAAUCCAGUAGAUGUCAGUAAAUACUGUUCUUCAUUGAAUGAAUUUCUUUCUUUUUUUUAAGUUGUACGGCGUCCUAGUAGUUACUGAGUUCUUUCCAAUUAUCUUGUUUCCAAAAGAUCUAUAAAGAUUUUUAAUUUUACACUCCUAAUAGAACAUUUAUUUUGUCCCAAAGAAUAUCUAUAUCUGAUGAGGCAAGGGAAUUAAGAGAGGUAAUGUGUACUUUUCUUUUGAUAAGAUCAGUCUUAAAAAGAGUUGAAGUAAGGGAGAGAGUAAACUGGUCUAGUUUCAUACCACCUAGUAUAUUUGACCCACUUAAACUCAGUUUUGGAAGGGCCUUCAGUUUCUUUAGCACAUGAUUCACCAGUACCUUGGUAGUAAUAUUUUAAGUAGAUGGUGAAUUAUAUUAACUCCUAGUUAUUUGAGUAGUUUUAGAUUAUAACUCCAUGCAUAGUAACUUUACAGUAAUACAAUUCCUAAUAAUAAGUUAAUAUUAGACAAGUAUUUAUUUUCUCUGUAUGUUGGUACUAAAAAUUGAAACAUUGAACACUUUUCUUAUUUCUAUGAUGUGUUUAAGUAAUGUCAGUGUAAGCAGUGAACUUUAAAUAGCAUUUUAAGUGUAUUCAUGUUUAUCAUAAAAUUAUCUAAACUGCUUUCUCUAAUUUUCCUUAUUGUUUUUACAUAAUUUAAGAUUGAUGUAUCUGUAAAUAUUGCAAUUUUUGUAAUUUUAGUUCUUACUCAUUAUAACAUGCAGGUAUGACAGGGUUUUGCUUUUUUUUUUUUUUUUUUAAUCAUUAUUGUACUGAUGUCUUGGAUUCUUUUCCUUUCCCAUGUUCUUCAGAAACUAGACUUUUAACCACUGGUAUCUAAAUCUGUGAUAAUUUGUUAUUUUAUUUCACUAGGACUUCUCUCAAGGACUAGUAUUUGAUCUUUGGAACAAGAGAAUGUCAUAUUUACAUAAGCAAAUAAUUGCAACCGAUAACAACUGAGUGUUUCUUCUUCUGUGAAGAAUCAAUGGACUUUGAAAUCACUAAAUAAGGAGUAGCUUGUUUUAUCCUAGCCAUUUGAUGUAAUACAAAUGUUCUUGUUUUGUUUUCUUUGAGCCUUCAGAGUUUUAAAUGACCCUCAGGACUCAUUAGCUCCUACUUAGCUGCCCAGAAAACUGUAAUAGAAAUAUCCCUUCUAUCACAUUUGUCCAAGAAGCUUUGGUGCUUAGUUAAGGUGCAUUUUCUUAUUCUAGGCCUAUAGGAUGACAUAAUUCAACUGAAGAAAACACACACACAUUUUUGGUGCUUAUUCUUCAGUUGGAGGAAGAUAUGCAUUGAUUCUUUUAUAUGAAAUUAAACAAAACUAUUAUUUUUGUAGCUCUUUACAUAUUAUAAAGAGCUUUGCUGUACAUUCACAUUCAGCUUUAAUUUGCCCAACAAUCCUAUGAAGUUGAUAUAACUAAUAUCAUUCCUGUUCUAAAGUUAGAGAACCAAGGUUCAGAAAUACAGAGAACUGUGUUUGUGACACGUAGCAAGGAAACAAUGGAGCCCAGGUCCCCUGACUCCCAAUCUCAUGGUCUUUCUCUAAAUCUUAUGUCAUGCUGAUGAGAUUCAGAAGGCCCGUGGUUAUAAUUUAAUGAUGAGCAUAUUUCAGUAUUUUUGUUUGUUUCCUAGUAUUCCUUUUUGAGCUAAAGUUUUAGGGAAAACAAUUUGAUAUGCUUCGAUUUUGUAAAAAAGGAAAAACUAUAUAUAUAUAUAUAUAUAUAUAAGUAUACCUAUCUGUAUUAGAGAAAAACUGUUCUUAUUUAUUUCUGUAAGAUAUCAUUAAUUAAAUAAAUAUUUUAGUGGAAAU